AUCGAUACUUCCGUGUUGCAGACUGCUGUGGCCUCGAUCCCCUCAGCCUUAAAACACUCGUGCUUUUACUCAUUUGUCGUGUUUUUUCAUUGAAUAUCUUCAUCAGCAUGGCUACAGGAGCUCUCUACACAACUGUGCCAGAACUACAAUCCGAUCCUGAUUUUUUGGUGCCAGUUCGAGCUUCAAACAAAGUGAAGGGCGAGCGCAAAAGGAGCGUAGUGUGGCAUUAUUUCACGCGGCAGAACAGCGGAGAGGCCACGUGCGAUACCUGCUUAAACACGGUGAGGAGCUGCGGAAACACCACCAACCUGGUCAAACAUCUGCGCCUCAAACACACCGCCGAGUACGAGAGGUUCCUCCUGCAGCGAUCCGAGCAGGAGCAGGGGCCCGCCGCCAGAGGGAGCCAGAGCAGCGCGCAGGCGGAGGAGCGCGGGGCUGAGGGCAUCGCGGAGGGCAUCGCGGAGGGCAUCACGGAGGGAGACCACGUGUACGAUAAUGAGGAGAUAGAGUUUGGUUCUUUCGGUGUCAGCCAGGUGUCUCCUCGAGAGAGGAAAUUCCCCGGCGACCGUAAAAGGAGCGCGGUGUGGAGGUACUUUACGCGUCAUAUCAACGGAGACACCACCUGCGACGUGUGCCUGAACCCCGUGAGGAGCUGCGGAAACACCACCAACCUGGUCAAACAUCUGCGCCUCAAACACAGAGUCGAGUACGAGAGGUUCAUGGUGCAGCGAUCUGAGCAGCAGCUAGGGGGCGCCCUCACUUAUGAGCAGGUGAUCUUAGACGGGGACCCGAGCUCCUCUGAAGUGUGCCAGAUCUCUGGCCCAGGACUGGUGGAUGAUCCUGUGGUGGGCAGAGGCCGGAAGAGGAAGCGUCAGUCCCGGAACAGCGUGAUCCUGCUGGACAGUCUGGGAUCAGGGUCCGGGGACGGGCUGAUCUCCUUCAGACUGAACAUGCAGACUCCAGCAGACUCCAUACUCCACAGCGGGUACUUCCACCCCACACUGCGCACAUGGCAAACCUGCAACACGGAGCUGAGGCCCGACAACCUCAUCUACCCCAUUUUUAUCACAGACAAUGAAGACGCAAUAGAACCUAUCGGGAGUCUGCCAGGACAGUCCAGAUAUGGGGUGAACCGAGUGGAGGAGUUGCUGCAGCCGCUGGUGCAGAAAGGCCUUAAGUGUGUGCUCAUCUUUGGGGUCCCAGCCAAAGUGGAGAAGGACGAGCGUGGCUCCGGAGCAGACGCCCCGGACACUCCCGCGGUCAUCGCCGUGAGGAAGAUCAGAGCUGUGUUUCCGGAGCUGCUGGUGGCCUGUGACGUGUGCCUCUGCCCCUACACCUCACACGGACACUGUGGGAUCCUGAAUGAAGAUGGCACUCUGAACAAUGACGCCAGCUGUCUGCGCCUGGCCGAGGUGGCACUGGCCUACGCUCAAGCAGGGGCCCACAUCAUCGCCCCCUCGGACAUGAUGGACGGACGGGUCAGGGCCAUCAAGCAGUUCCUCCUCGGCAACGAAAUGGGAAACAAGGUCUCAGUGCUGAGCUACAGUGCCAAGUUCGCGUCCUGUUACUACGGCCCCUUCAGAGAUGCUGCUCAGUCCAAGCCUGCGUUUGGAGACAGACGGUGUUAUCAGCUGCCCCCUGGAGCCCGCGGCCUGGCCCUCAGAGCUGUGGAGCGUGACGUGAGGGAGGGGGCAGACAUGGUCAUGGUCAAACCUGGACUGCCCUACCUGGACAUCGUCAGAGAGGUCAAAGACAAGUUCCCUUCACACCCGCUGGCCGUGUACAAUGUCUCCGGUGAGUUUGCGAUGAUGUGGCACGGAGCGCAGGCCGGGGCGUUCGAGCUGAGGGCCGCCGUGAUGGAGGCCAUGACUGCGUUCAGACGAGCAGGAGCGGACAUCAUUAUCACGUACUACACGCCGCAGCUGCUCGACUGGCUGCAACAGUGAAGAUCUCAACAAACGCACCCAAGACGUUUUUUAUGUAAUUUUAGGGUUUUUUAUGACUAUUUUUGCUUUUGAGGAGAACAAAACAAAGCUGUGAUUGUCAAAGGGAGCCGUUCUGUACAAUCAUUUUUAGAGCUUUCAGUGUUAAUCUGUUACACGGUAUUUUAAUGAACUAUUCGUGUUAAGGGCUACUGUCGUCAAGCCAAGAAUGUAAAUGACUUGUUUUGUCCUGGUUAGUCAAAAAAUAUGCUGGUAUUGUAUUAUAGCUGUGAUGAUUUAGAUGUGAUUAUGUGGCCUCUGUAUGGACCAAAUGAAAUAAAUCCAUCUGAACAGCAG